UGAGCAUGUUUAUAAGAUCGAUUUUGAAAUUCGCGGUUUUGCAGAAACGCCGAAGGUGAGGAAAGUAUUAAUCAAAAAGCGAUCUUGAAUCAUCUUCGGAUCAAUUGUUCGUAACGUAAUCACACGGCGUGUUGUGUCAACAUAAAAUUUGCCUCGUAUUUACGCCGCAAUUGAAGCAACUUGUCGAUCAAAAGGUUAUGUUGCACUGUGAUUUCGCCAAGAUUGCUUCCUCUUAGCGUCAGAACUAUCGAGCGACUUUUCUUAGAGAGUUCUCACUUGCUCAUGGGAUUUAUCGAUGAUGAAUUGCAAGAAGUAUCUCAACUCUGUCACAAUGUUAUUGAUGGAAGUCGCCUCGUCUCUUGCGUGCGGAGCAUGGUCCGCGUCGAAAUAACGAAAACAUCGUUCAAGCAACUCGUCGUGUGCAUCCAGUUCCGAGAAGAUUAUCCCGCGUCAUCGCUGUUUCUCGAAUUAAAAAGUAAAACUCUAUCUACAAAGUUGCUUGAUAGACUAACAGAAGUCUGCGAAAAGGAGUGCAAGUGUUUGUUGAACAAAGCACAGGUGUUGCCAAUUUUGAAGUUUAUCAGAAAUUUUAUUGAGGAGAAUUCGCUUAUCUGUUGUUACGACGAAAUAUCAACAUUAAAAAAACUUCUGGGGGUAAAAGACGAAUUAAAAUUGAAGCAGAAGAAUUCUUAUAUUUGUUUAACAUUAUACCAAGAUUUAUAUUAUUUUAAGACUAAGCUUGACAUUCCGGAUAAUUAUCCUAUCAAUUGUGUGACGUUUAGUGAUGUUGAUACAAAUUUUCCACCAUUGUUUAAGCGUUAUCUAGUUGGACAAGGAAGAGAAUUAGCAAGACGAUGUGUCGAGCCACCAUUGAAGAAACAAGCCCAACAGAAACCAUUCACUUCAAAACCGUCAUUAAACACAGUUGCUUCUUUUCUCAUAAAAACUGUAAAAGCUUUUCCACAAGAGCCUUGCCAACAUUGCAAAGUAAUAUGCUUGCCAGCAAACCCAGAGGAGAUUGUAACCGACGAAAAUGCGGAUUUCCACGCCGAAAGACUUUACUGUGGUCAUCUCUUCCAUUUAAAAUGUCUCGUGACAUACAUGAAGACUCCGCCAUUCCAUGGGGGUAAGAAAUGUCCAAGUUGCGGCCAACGUGUGUAUCAUGACAAAUGGGGAUUAAGUGACAAGCUCGCAGAGGCUCGCUGGGCUCAUCAACAGGCACGAGUAAGAGAGUUAGCAGAAGUUGAAGAUUUUUUCAGCUAAGCAAACCCUGUAUUAAGCAGACACUUGUGCUGUGAGUUUCAUGAUAUUUUACUAAAUGCGCGAUAUGAUAAAUGAAAACAUAUAAAAUGUGGCAACUGACAUUUUGAAGAAAAAUAAAAUGCUUGACAAGAAUGAAAGUAUAAAAGAGAAAAAAAUUCCAUCUCUAAAAAGAAAAAUUGUCGUUAUGAUUUUACUAUUGUUAGAAAUUGUACUAUUCUAGAAUAUUGUCACAUUUAUUAAAACAAAAAGUAAAUAAUGUUGGAAAAAAUAUUUUUUUUUAAAUACAAAACAUUAAAAUACGAUAUUAAAAUAUACGGUAUUAAAAUAUACUUACAUCUAUUUUCAAAUAGAAAAAUGUCAGUUACCAAUUUUAGUUUUACAUCAAGAAAGUGAGAAUGAAAGAAAGUAUCAAUGUGAAUAGCAAAUGGGCAUUAAUUACAAUGGGCUUAAAAUAGUUGAUAAGAAUACUUUUUAUGCUAAAUAUAUCAACAUAACAUUAUUUUUAUAUCUUUAAGUUACUUUAUGUAAAAAUAAUAUUCAUACAUAUACACACAUUAUGUUUGCAAUUUUUUUUUUUUUAUUAUUUUGUUUAGUAGCUAUAACUCAGGAUUCUUUGUCAGUCAUAGUUUAUAACUUGGAUUUAUAAUUUGAAUGUUUCAUCUCGAAGAUUUUUACUAUAGAGUUGAUAUACUUUUUUUUUUAAAAAAAAAACGUAGUUUUAAGUGCAAUUGAAAAUGAUUUUAAUAAGAAAAAUACAGCUAAAAGAUGACAGAUGAAUUAGGAAAAAGAGAUUACCAGUAUACAACUUUUAUUAAAAACUUUCUUUUAUUUAAUCGCAAGUAAAAAUUAUAACUUGACACGAAGUUUUUUUGGGGGAAAUUUAUCUUGUUACAUUAUCAUAUAUAAAAAAAGAAAAUCUCUUUAAAUAAAAAAAACUUAUCUAUAUCUUACAACAAUGCACAAACAAGUAAUCGCAAGUAAGUUCAUCAUAAAACUAACUGUAAUAAAAAAAUAUAUAUAGAAAUAAAUUUUAUAAAUUUGAAAGAAAGAGGCUGUGCGUGCGUCGAUUUCCGAUGCGUAUCUUAUAAACGUAACGCAUACUUUUUGUCCUCAUGACGAUCGAUCUUUUGUAUCAUGUAUAGGAGGCAAGCCAGCUUUUUGGUGAUGCGUGCAUACGAUUAUAUAAUAUAUAUAAUUUGCAGAAAUUAUCCCACAGAGCAGAAUGUGAUGGUCAGUAUGGGCGCAGUCUCGCAUGUAUGCACAAAUAGUUGUGACCGUGUUCGUGACGUAUUGAUCCUCGGUACUGGCUAUAGUGACAUUGUCUCCGUCUCCCUUUCUCUCCUCUCAGACUGGCCUCUUGUGCGGGCACAUUUUCGUUUGUUCUGCCGCGUUUACUUUGCUACCCCUACUUUGCGGCUAAUGUUCUUUACGCGUGUGUUCAUCGUGGUGCAAUAUCUUUGGGCGCAUAUGGUAUAUUAGAGCGAACGAAAAUGACAAAGAGAAGAGGGGAUAUACGGGGGUUCAGAUUGAUAAAAUACUGAGAAAAGGUUCGUGAGAGUGUUUUUCUUCGGAUUUUUUAAUAAAUUUCAGAUAUUUGGUAAGGUAUCUCUAGAAACAAGAGACGUAUUUUUAUAUGUGUGCCUUAACAGGCAUGGAGGAAGGAUUUAAAAUUUAAAAUAAUUUCUCGUAAUUGAUGCGAUAUAUUUUAAUCUAACUGUAUUGCCACAAUUAUAGGAUUUAUGAGAACUGAUUCAAACAAAAAUGCAUAUUAUUAGAAAUAUUUUAUAAUUACAAUAUUUAGUAGAAAAUCCAUAUUUUUUUCAAAAAUUAAAAUCUUUGCUAAAUUCAUAGUUGAGAGAAUAAUUAAAUAUAUAAUUGCAUCGAAUUAUUGAUUAUCCGCAGAGACAUAGAAAAACGAGUAUAAUUUAAUCGUUUCUUUUCUAAUUAAAUUUGCAUAAUAAUUUUUAGCUAAUUAGUAUUCUUAUAUUUAAAAUCAUGUUACAAAUAUUUGUUUUAAUUUUUUUAAUAUGAUCACUUGAAUUAAUCAUUUAUUGCUCAUCGAAUUGAAUUAAUCACAUUCCGAAGAAUAUCUUAAAUUUAUUAAUUUAUAAUUUAUACAUGUAAAUUUUUCUCUUGGAAGAAUUUCUUCGCAUCAUUAUUAUUACUUAAAGCUACAAUUUAUUUAUUACGCAUCCCAAUAUUUUUUCUAUUAAUCACAAUAAUAUGGAUAAUGAAGAGGAAAUAUUCUUAUUAAAACAAUCAUUACCUUCAUCUUUUACAUAAAAAGCGUUAUAUAAAAAAAUAACUUUUGGAAUUAUAGACGGAAAAAAAAUGAUAAAUAAAAUAGUCUGUUUUUCUCGAUAUUUGCAACAGUAAUAAAUGGAACUCGCGUGAAUAUAUCGGUUCCCAAGGGCGAUCGACUAAAUUUUUCUCCCGCCGCGUGUUCGCAUUUAGUUCCGGGAGACAGCCAGGCAGACUAAUUCCCAGUUAUCGAUUCCACGCAUACGUGGAAACGUAUGCUCGCGUCGUACUCAUGUAGGGCGGACUCUCACGGACAGUUCCUUACACCUGACCUGAUCGAAACGCGAAUCAUGACGAUGAGUUAAAUCUGUCUCUUCGUGGUCUCGCAUAAUACGACCAGCAGAAAAACCGUUUCCGCGAUUGUGAGAGAGAAGAGCGGCAUAUAUAAAACGACAUUGACGUUGUUUGCAUUGUUGAAAAGAUUUCUGGGUCGAUGGGUACACAUCGCGAAGAGAAACGUGACUGAAAAUUUCACGUGUCACGUGCAAUUUCGUUAUUGCAGCGGCAUUAUUAGUUCACGUUUGUGCUCGCAUUAGGGUCGAUUCCGGUCAUAUAUCUAUAUCUAUGUGUUUGAAUGUUCACCGGCUACGGGUUUGCGAGCGAUUGCGAGGGGUUUCCUCGGUAUAUGCACCUGGAGUCGUUCACACCGAUUUAUCUCGCGCUAAGAAUAGCCCGAUAUUUCUUUUCCAUACACAAUUAUACAGAGAUAUAUUAAUAUGACAUUAUUUAAUGUCUAUAGAGAAUAAUUAAUAUAUUAAUAGCAUCGCAUUGUUGUCAUGUAUAAAAGCAUAAAUGCAUUAAAAUCAUGAAAUACUCGGGAGCAAUUUUAGAAUAUCAAUUAUCGAUUUAGUCAAUUAGUUUGCAAUGCUAUUCAUCAGAAAAUAUUGUGACUGAAUACGAUCGUCUAUCGAUUUAACGAGUAUUUUAAGCGACAGCAACGAGCGUAGUUAACGUAAUCGAAUAGUUGCGUAAUCAAUCCAGAGCUUAUGUAGGUAAUGCAUAAAUCCCGCAAAUCGUCUUUAUCAAGCAAGAGUAAUGCGUCUUCCGGUUCCUGGUGUGCGAAGCAAAUCGGCGUAUUAUACACACGAUAUCUCUAAUAAUUGCACAGCUUCGCCGUAACGCUUUGCGGAUCGAUAGCCGGGAAAUGGCCGGAAGCCAAGUCCGGCGAUGUCGUUUCAAGUUUUACCAUUGUUACAUUGCGUAGGAGAGGGAGUGCUAACCCCUUUCGCGAGUGUCCCACUUAUGUAUCGGUAACCCCCGACGCACAAAUCUCCUCCGCCCGUCCUCCGACUGUCUCUAAGAGGACUGCUUCCAUCGGAAUGCUUUUCAUCCUCCGGAUUAAAAUGCGGUUCACUUUAAAAAUGAUGCCGAAAUUUGUGAACUCAUUCAUAAUUAAUCGCAGCAGAUAUUAAAUUGUUCACGGAUAUUCUGUAUUCGCACAUUCUUCUUCGCGAGGAUGUUGCAACGAGAUGUCCGAGCGAAUCUCGUCAACCGCUUCAUUUUCUCUGAUAGUUUUGAAAGAAAGUUAAUUCGAACUAAUUAUCAAUACGAAGAUGUAACUGGAUUUUAUCGAGACGUUUCAGAUUCUUCAGUUCCAAAUAAAUGACCUAUUUAUAAAUGGA